AUGGCAGGUCAGUCGAAACCGGCACGCCUAUCACCGUGGGGAAGUGCGGUUGCCGGUGCCUCUGGCGCGGUGAUCGCGAAUGCCCUGGUAUAUCCGCUUGAUAUAGUCAAGACGAGGCUACAGGUACAGGUGAAACGGCCGAAUAAAGCGACGAGUGGAACGCCCGGCGACGACGACGACAAUGAGGUGCACUAUACAUCCACCGUUGACGCUAUCAACAAGAUCAUGGCGAGCGACGGGAUGGCGGGCCUCUACUCCGGCAUGACAGGUGCUCUCAUUGGCGUCGCUUCGACGAACUUUGCGUAUUUCUACUGGUACUCCAUUGUACGAAGCAUCUACAUGGCGUCCAACCGGGUGCCCAAGCCGCCGGGGACUGUCGCCGAAUUGAGUCUGGGGGCGGUCGCCGGCGCGGUAGCCCAGGUCUUCACUAUUCCUGUCUCGGUCAUCACGACGAGGCAGCAGACACAGCGCAAAGAGGAGAGGAAAGGUCUUAUCGAGACCGGGCGCGAGGUGGUCAACAGCGAGGACGGCUGGACCGGCCUCUGGAGAGGCCUCAAGGCCAGUCUGAUCCUCGUUGUCAAUCCAGCUAUCACCUACGGUGCCUACCAAAGACUGAAGGAAACGUUCUUUCCGGGCAGGGCCAGUCUCAAGCCCUGGGAAGCUUUUCUCCUGGGGGCGAUGUCAAAGGCGUUGGCCACGAUCGCUACCCAGCCUCUGAUUGUUGCCAAGGUCGGUCUUCAGUCGCGUCCACCCCCGGGGCGAGAGGGUAAGCCGUUCAAGACCUUUAGCGAGGUGAUGCGGUACAUUAUCCAGCACGAAGGGGCCAUGUCUCUCUUCAAGGGCAUUGGGCCCCAGAUCCUCAAGGGACUGCUGGUCCAGGGUAUCCUCAUGAUGGCAAAGGAAAGAAUUGAGCUCCUGUUCAUUGUCCUGUUCGCAUACAUUCGGAAGCUCCGCGCAACCAAGUUGCGCAAGGCAGUGGAGAAUGCUGCUGCCCAGGCCAAAGCCAGUCUUCCCGUGACUACAAAUUAA